AUGAAAGAAAUUAGCGUAUCAUCAAAAUAUAUAUUUUUCGUCGUUCUCAUAACAAUACCAAUCCUCCUUUUUCUCUCUAAUUGGAAUUCAUCGUCCUCCUCCGUCACCACCACCACGUCAUAUUCCGAUUCAAAUCUCAAAAUCCGAUCCGGAUACACCACCUACGAUACCUACAUACAAAAACAGCUAAACAAAACUCUCAACCCCAAACUCCGAAAAAUUUGGAUGACUCGAGAUUGGGAUCGAAAAAUUCAAGUUUUCUCAAAACUCUUCACCGAUCUUAAAAAUGAAAAUUUACUCUCAGAUACAUCGAAGGUACUCUGUAUUGGCGCUCGAAUGGGUCAGGAAGUGGAAGCAUUGAAACGAAUCGGAGUUUCGGAUUCAAUCGGAAUGGAUCUGGUACCGUACCCGCCAUUGGUGAUGAAGGGCGAUUUUCAUAAUCAGCCGUUCGAUGAUCGGACAUUUGAUCUGGAAUUCUCUAAUGUGUUUGAUCACGCACUUUUUCCGGUGAAAUUUGUAUCGGAGAUUGAACGGACGUUGAAGUCCGGCGGGGUUUGUGUGUUACACGUGUCGUUAUCUAGACGAGGGGAUAAGUAUUCGGCGAAUGAUUUGUAUAGUGUUGAACCGUUGAAGAAACUUUUUAAGCGGUCUGAGUUGGUUCGUACUCGAACCGUUGAUGGGUUCGGGUUGGAUACUGAAGUUGUUUUCCGAAAAAAAAGAUGA